UAGUUCGUAACUCCAACAAUCAACCUCCACUCCACCUUACUGAAUAUUCAUUCCGCGACCACCAACCACCAACCACCAACCACAGUUUAGACGUUUCCGAUCAAUAGCGUCAGUCUGACGAUAAAUUAUUUGGGUGGUCGGGAAAAUAUACUAUCGUUUUGGCAUUACCCAUCCAUUUUAAAGCCUCAGCGGAGAAAAGAUUAGGUUUGGUCAUAAUGUCUACCAGGGCUACAGUAUCGUGGGUCUCAACCCUCCAUCAUAGACAGGCCAUCCGUACUAAACCUCCCUUUCAGGUCGCUCUAUCGACGCUCCCUAAAGCUUUCGUUAGACUGGUGUGUACAUCGAUAUCUCUGGAGAGGCCAAGCAUUGUACAUCAGAUCAUUAUUCGAGGCUCAAAAGAACGUCCACGACCCAAGGUUACAGAGGGCAAGUUACUUAAUUGGUACAACGAGCGGAUGCAUAUACUAAUUUGGGUUCGCAGGCAUUGUUUAAAGAGACGGAGGAUUUACUUGAGAAGUGGAAGCACCCAGAUCCAUACCGCCCACCCACUGCACCUGGAGGUAAGUCUCCUUUUGGCUGGUCGGAUACACAUCAUAUACUUACAAUGUUAUCUUUCAAGGAUCGAAAUACGAACGCAACCUUCCAGCACCAAUUCUCGACCGUAAGUUAAAUUAUUUAUCGAAUGCCAAUAUGGCCGCGUUAACAUUUUAUAGCUCCGCCAAAGAUGGUCUUGUAAGUUUCUGAGCAACGCAGGGAGAUAGGAGAUAGAUGACUACAUGGUGGACUUUUUAGUCUGGAAGAAACUAGAAAUUGUACAUAGCGCCAGGAAAUUGGAAGACAUUUUCGGUACACUUUAGAUAAGCCUUCAGAAUACAUGA